AAGAAAUAAUUCAGAAAAACAUCUUAGCAGAAGAAUUGGGGCAAAAAAGCAGAAAAAAUCUUUAUGGGAAGGAGCUGAUUGAGAGACAUGGUGAUUUUUUUAUCUAGGGUAACAAUUACAGGUAACAUACAUCGCGGUUCAGAUCUAAAACUUGUUUUUCACAGAAAUUCUUCACGUUUCCCUCUUCCACGAGAAUGAUGAACGAUUCAUCUAAAGAGUCCGACUCAAAUGAGAACUUAGAGAACCAAUAUUCCCUUAAAAGUAAGAAAUUAAAACAUCCGGUUGUAGGGGUGACUUUUCAUCGAUGGGGGGACAUGUUGAAAUUUUACCAGGAAUAUGCAAGUAGAGUUGGAUUUUCAAUAGUAAAAAGAUCAACAAGGAACAACGGCGAUGGGAUUUUAAGAGGCGUCACUUUUGCUUGUUCAAAACAUCUAAGUAAAUCCAGACGUAAAACAACUGAAAAUGGGAUUGUCCAGAGUAGGUGCGAUGCUUAUAUUACAGCGAAACUGGAAAAAUGUGAACACUGGCGUAUUUCAGUCGCAAGUCUUGAGCACAAUCACAAGUGUGAUCCCAGCAAGUUUAGUUCUAAGCGGUGUGUUCACCGACAUAUUGAAUCUUUGGAAAGAAAAAUACAUCUCAAUAUUCCAGCUGAUAUCGCCACGAACGUCGAUCCGGAUGUUGUUUGCUGUUGUGGGGAUGAACCGGUGGGAUGCAUCAUUCUAAAGCAUGUCUCAGAUUCAGUUAAUGAAUCAAGUAGUGCACGACUUGGUCGUGGUGAUGCAACAACGCUUAUCAGAUUUUUCCAAAAAAUGGUUGGAGAAAAUGCCGGUUUUUAUUUUGUACUUGAUGUUGAUGAUGUUGGGCAAUUAAAGAGUGUGUUUUGGGUUGAUGGUAUGAGUAGAGAAGCUUACAAAGAGUUUGGCGAAGUAGUGAGCUUUGAUACUUCAUACUUGGUAAAAGAAUAUGAAAUUCUGUUUGCUUCCUUCAUUGGUGUUAAUCAUCAUGGGCAAACAAUUUUACUAGGAUGCGGAUUGCUUUGGAUUGAAUCUCUGAAACAUUUGUGUGGUUAUUUGGUGAAUGGUUGAAAUGUAUGUUCGGCAAAGCUCUGAUAGCAAUAAUAACUGACCAUGAUAGAAAUAAUAACUGACCAUGCGAUGGCGGUUGAGAGUGCCGUUGGGACUAUAUUUCCUUGUGCUAAAUAUAGAUGGUGUUUAUGGCAUGUAAUGAUGGGAAAGCUUUCUGAAAAAUUUGGAGCAUACAAGAAAUUCUCUGAAAUUACUUCUACAAUAAAAUUUGCGGUGUAUGUUUCACCAACUUCGAAAGAGUUUGAAGAAUCGUGGGGUUGGAUGGUGAACGAGUAUGAUUUGGGAGAUAAUAGAUGGUUGAAGGAUAUAUAUGAAGAAAGGCGGUGUUGGGUACCGUGUUACCUAACUGAUAUAUUUUGGGCUGGGAUGUCAAGUACCCGGAUUAACGAAGCUGUAAAAGCAUUCUUUGAUGGGUAUAUCAAUGCUAGGCACCAUGCUACAUCAAUUUUUAGAGCAGUAUGAGUUUAUACGAAGGGAGAAAGUGGAGUAAGGAAAGGAAGCAGAUGCUAUCUCAUCUUUCACAAAUAGUGUUAGCUUAGCAACUACUUCUACAAUGGAGGAGCAGGUUCGUAAAGUGUAUAUUAUAACAAAAUCUAACGAAUUUCAAGUUGAGUUAUUAGGGAGGAUGCACUGUAAAUUCAUCAAGGGCGAUGUAACGCCUAUCAGUAAUAUCUACUAUUUCCAAGAAACUGUAUGUGUUGAGGGAUGUUAUUUUAGAAACAUGACUUUUUCUGUAACAUAUAACCUAGAAGACGGUGAUAUUCAUUGUACCUGUCAAAGGUUUACAUUUAAAGGUAUACAACGCCGUCACAUUCUGUGUGUAUUGGGUCAUAAUGGUGUAAGUGAACUCCCUGAUAAGUACAUAUUGAGAUGGUGGCUGAGAGAUGUGAAAAGGUGCCAUACAAAGGUGAAAGUGGGUUUUAAUUGUGUUGGAGAAAUGAUGACUCAACUCAUCAAUACUAUGAUUUGCUUGGUAAAUCUGUGGAGCUUGUAGAUUCUGUAGCAGGUAAUGAUAUCUUUACCGCGUUAUCAGUGACUGGUUGGAUCAUGUGAAACUGGAAGCUUAACAAGCAAUUAUCGAAGCGAAGGAAAGUGCUAACGUUAUGUGAUGAUUUGUUUGUCUAUUUACCGGGCUGUAUCAGAUCAGGAUUUACGGAUAAGAAUAGAUAA